GGGGGUUGAUUACGAGCUGCAGCCCCAUCCCGAGCUGCUCUGCUCUGUAAGGUGGGGAGGGGAGUGGCAAUGUGGCUGAGGUUUCCUGGACUCUGCUCCUGGGGGCUGCGCUUCGGGCUAAGAGCGGUUCCGCGGCAGCAACAGUUACAGCUCCUUACACUGAAGAGGAAGUUCACCGGAGGCAUGGAGGAAGAGGCAAAAAGGAAAGCUGGUUACAUGGCUGUGGAUAAUCAUGUGCAAAACAACCAAGCAUUGGGUAUCGGAAGUGGAUCCACAAUAGUGUAUGCUGUGGACAGAAUAGCUAAACGGGUUCAAGAUGAAAAUCUGAAAAUAGUCUGUGUACCUACCUCCUUCCAGGCUCGUCAACUAAUCCUACAGCAUCAGUUGACUCUCAGUGACCUGGACAGGCACCCUGAGCUCGAUGUUGCUAUUGAUGGUGCAGAUGAGGUGGACUGUGACCUUAACUUAAUCAAAGGUGGAGGAGGAUGCUUGACUCAGGAGAAGAUUGUUGCUGGCUGUGCCAAGAAGUUCAUUGUAGUUGCAGAUUACAGGAAAGAUUCAAAAAGUCUCGGUGAAAAAUGGAAAAAAGGUGUUCCGAUUGAAGUCAUCCCGAUGGCUUAUGUGCCAGUUACCAAGGCGAUUGCUGCCAAAUUUGGUGGGGAAGCAAAAUUACGAAUAGCUGUCAAUAAAGCUGGACCAGUGGUGACGGAUAAUGGGAAUUUCAUUCUGGAUUGGAAGUUUAAUAGCGUCUCUGAUUGGAGAAAGGUGAAUGUCAGCAUUAAAAUGAUUCCAGGAGUGGUAGAGACGGGAUUAUUCAUCGGCAUGGCAGAAAGAGUGUACUUUGGCUUGGAAGAUGGAUCUGUCUGUUUCCGAAACAGAGACUCACAGUGAUGAAGAGUGAGGGGAGCUGGGGCUUCUUGUACUUUUAAAGAUCACCUUGCCUUAAGUCGACUGUCCUGCCAAAUACCUUAUGAACACAUUUUUUUAAACAGAAACAUUUGUUCUAUUAUUUCUUUUUAUAUUAAAGAAACUGGGCAUGGGCCAAGUCUUUGCUCACGUAAUGAAUAAUAUUUGCCUUGCACUGAGUUGUUAUAUCUUAAAGAUGAGGAAUUGUGUGGUUUGGGCAUUACACCGAUUCCUGGCAGCUCUCCGUGAAGUAACCAGGCCAUUGACUGCUUGACUGCAAGCCCAGAGUCAGAAUGGGUUCUCUCCUUGCUUUUGACAAUAUCAUUAUGGAAUAAUUGGUUGAGAUAUUAACUGUACGUGGAGUGCUGUGACUGUGUAUGGGACUGUGCACUUUUAGGGACCAAUUUCAAACUCCGCCAACAGAUCAAGAUUAUUUAGUGGGUUAGGAAGGGGAUCGUGUGUGGGGUGGGGAGAUGUGAAAGUAAUAUGGAACCAGACUCUUUGAGUUUUCUUGUGGUUGUCUCUUCUUAGUGAACUCCCUGACUGUGUCUGGAUCAUUCUGAAUGUCAUCACCUCUACAUAAUAGUCUUAAGGAUGGGAAGUUAACCUGUUUUCUUUAUGUAAGAGAGAGAUUCUGAUGGUAGGGAGAAAACCUUAGUUCCUCCUGGUCCCAUGAAUUUUUGUUUUGUCUUUUUCCACCGGAUGUGAGCAUUGUUGGCAUGGCUAGCAUUUAUUACCCGUCGUAAUUACCCUUGAGAAGAUGAUGGUGAGUUGCUGCCAUGAAUCACUGGAGUGCACGUGAAUUAUGUACACCCACACUGCUGUUAGAAAAUCUGUACUUCAGUCCAGUAAAAGCCAAGGUGCACACUUGCACGGCUGAUGCAUUUGCUGCUGUUGGAUUGGUUUGCCGUUUCAGAUGUCCCUGAGCCCAAUCAAGCUGCUUGGUCAUGUGAUUGCCUUAAAGCACCAAUCACCUUAGUGCUCUGUGUUAAACAUUAUGUUACAACAUUAGACCUAGAACUAUUUUAUGGUUGGUGUGUUUUCCAAGGUUCCACAUUUAACCAGGUUCAGCAAAACUAAUCUUUUUCUUAAAAAAUGCACGUACAUUAUCUUAGAAUUUCACUCUUUUUUUGUGGCAUUUUGCCUGUUUGUUUUAUUUUGGUCCAACACUUUUAACUGGAUAAAUGAAUAUAUUGUUUAUACAUCAAAUAAAAAGAGUGUGACCCUUUUUA